AUGUCUGGGCAAAAUGAAGCGUUGCAGAAGAUGCUGCAGGAGAUCAGCCAGAAAAAGGCUUUCGCCGAGCAACAACUCCUAAUUGUUCGGCAGCAAAAGGCAGCGCGCACACGGGAAGGUCGCAUGCUGCAGCUGACAUCGGCCGAGGUAUCGUCGCUGCCUGCAGAGACAAAAGUUUACGAGGGUGUGGGAAAGAUGUUCGUGUGCACGCCAAUCCCAGAUGUGCAAAAACGUAUUGAGACUGAAGAGAAGGCAAUGAAGACUGAAAUGGCGAAUUUGAACAAGAAGGAGGACUACCUGGAGAUGACCUACAAGAACAGUAAGAAUGCAAUUGAGGAGGCACUCAAGAGGCAGGGCUGA